UCAAAUAAAGUCAUAGGUUUCAAGAAUCUAUUGAUGACGUUAAUUGAGGACUUACUGUACCCAAGGGGAUUUUCUAGAGAAAAUCAUUCCCUGUGUUUCAUCCUCUUGGAAGGAAGUACUAGUGAUAAUUGCCAACCUCCACUAAGCUCUCCUGACAUCCUGGCAGUGCUGGGAAUUUCAUUUGACCCUUGUGACUGCUCUGUGAGGGACGCACUAUCAUCAUGUCCAUUUCACUGGUAGGGAAACAGGCCCAGAAAAGGUAAGUAACUUGUCGAAAGUUACCCAAGAUUGGAACUAAGGAAUCCAAUCUAAACAUCCUGGUGCAUCCAAAGAUAGCACCCAUUGAGGGCAUGGUAGGAAGUGGGGGCAGGUACAAUGUGAUUUGGGUGGAUUCUAAGGCAGGAAGCUGUUAAGCAACUCUCACUACUAGACAGUUUUUACACCUUGCAGAAUGCCACAGGAAGUAGGCUCAGAGAGGAUGGGACAUGAAGACCACACACCUGACACAUGGCAAGGCUGGGACACUGACAUUCCUGGUCCAUUUGAAGGAAAGUUCAAAAUAAGUGUAUAUUUACUCUUUCACCAGUAUUAAAGGUCAUGUCCUCAGGUAGAACAACCUCCUUUCUUUGAGAUAAAGCUCAGCCCUAUCCUGUCCCAAACCAUUCAUCUUUCUACCUGUCCUCUGCAUGGAAACCACUAAACUGGCCAUCAGUCAUUCAAUCAUGUGCCCUGCUCUGUGAAACUCUUCUCUCCCAGGCUUUCAUCUCACUGGCCUGUGCACCUAGGUCCUGCAAAUAGAAUUGGGAUCACAUUUUAUACACACCCUCCCCGACACAUGCAAUGUGCUGAAACCCAACAAUGAAGAUUUAUUGUUUUUUCUUGCUUUGGAUGAGAUUUCUAACCAGCAUAAUGCUGGAGCCGGGGGCCACCCACCUGCAGUUUUCAGAAUGGCUGAGCUGGACACUGACUUGGAUCACAUCCUUCCGUCUUCUGUUCUCCCUCCUUUCUGGGCCAAGUUAGUCGUGGGAUUUGUUUCCCUCAUGUGUUUUGCACGGAGCUACGAUGGAGAUUUUGUCUUUGAUGACUCUGAAGCUAUUGUUAACAAUAAGGACCUCCAAGCAGAAACGCCCCUUGGCGACCUGUGGCACCAUGACUUCUGGGGCAGCAGACUGAGCAGCAACACCAGCCACAAGUCCUACCGGCCUCUCACCGUCCUGACUUUCAGGGUUAACUACUAUCUGUCGGGCGGCUUCCACCCCAUGGGUUUCCACGUGGUCAACAUCCUCCUGCACGGUGGCAUCUCCGUCCUCAUGGUGGACGUCUUCUCGGUACUGCUCGGCGGCCUGCAGUACACCAGCAGAGGCCGGAGGGUGCACCUGGCGCCCAGGGCAUCCCUGCUGGCCGCGCUGCUGUUCGCUGUCCAUCCUGUGCACACCGAGUGCGUUGCUGGUGUUGUUGGCCGCGCAGACCUCCUGUGUGCUCUGUUCUUCCUGCUCUCUUUCCUUGGCUACUGUAAAGCGUUCAGAGAAAGUAACAAGGAGGGAACACAUACUUCUACCUUCUGGGUGCUGCUGAGUAUCCUUCUGGGAGCAGUUGCCAUGCUGUGCAAAGAGCAGGGGAUCACCGUGCUGGGUGUGAACGCAGUAUUUGACAUCUUGGUGAUAGGCAAAUUCAACGUUCUAGAAAUUGCCCAGAAGAUGCUACAUAAGGACAAGUCAUUAGAGAAUGCUGGCAUGCUCAGGAAUGGGGGCCUGCUCUUCAGAAUGGCCCUCCUCACCUCCGGAGGGGCUGGGAUGCUCUACAUGCGCUGGAAAAUCAUGGGCACGGGCCCACCAGCCUUCACCGAGGUGGACAACCCGGCCUCCUUUGCCGACAGCGUGUGGGUGAGGGCCAUAAACUAUAAUUACUACUAUUCACUGAAUGCCUGGCUGCUGCUGUGUCCCUGGUGGCUGUGUUUUGAUUGGUCAAUGGGCUGCAUCCCCCUCAUUAAGUCCGUCAGCGACUGCAGGGUAAUUGCACCCGCAGCACUCUGGCUCUGCCUAAUUGGCCUAAUAUGCCAGGCUCUGUGCUCUGAGGACGGCCACAAGAGAAGGAUCCUUACACUGGGCCUGGGAUUUCUCGUGAUCCCGUUUCUCCCUGCAAGCAACCUCUUCUUCCGAGUGGGCUUCGUGGUGGCAGAGCGAGUCCUGUACCUCCCCAGCGCCGGGUACUGCAUGCUGCUGACCUUUGGGCUUGGAGCCCUAAGCAAACACAGUAAGAAAAAGAAACUAAUUGCUGCCCUCGUACUGGGGACUUUAUUCAUCAACAUGCUGAGAUGUGUGAUUCGCAGUGGCGAGUGGCGGAGUGAAGAACAGCUCUUCAGAAGCGCCCUGUCUGUGUGUCCCCUCAAUGCUAAGGUUCAUUACAACGUCGGCAAAAACCUGGCUGAUAAAGGCAACCAAAUGGCAGCCAUCAGAUACUACCGGGAAGCUGUGAGAUUAAAUCCCAAGUAUGUUCAUGCCAUGAAUAAUCUUGGAAAUAUCUUAAAAGAAAGAAAUGAGUUACAGGAAGCAGAGGAGCUGCUGUCUAUGGCUGUACAAAUACAGCCAGAUUUUGCUGCUGCAUGGAUGAAUUUGGGCAUCGUGCAAAACAGCCUGAAACGGUUCGAAGCAGCAGAGCAAAGUUACCGGACAGCAAUUAAACACAGAAGGAAAUACCCAGAUUGUUACUACAACCUCGGCCGUCUGUAUGCAGAUCUGAAUCGUCAUGUUGACGCGUUGAAUGCGUGGAGGAAUGCCACCAUGCUGAAACCAGAGCACAGUCUGGCAUGGAACAACAUGAUCAUACUCCUUGAUAAUACAGGUAAUUUAGCCCAAGCGGAGGCAGUUGGAAGAGAGGCACUGGAAUUAAUACCUAAUGAUCACUCUCUUAUGUUCUCGUUGGCAAACGUGCUGGGGAAAUCCCAGAAAUACAAGCCACAGGGUCUUACUAUGUUGCCCGGGCUGACUCAAACUCCUGAGCUUAAGAGAUCCUCCUGGGGCAGCACCUAUGGCUCAGAAUCUGAAGCUUUAUUCCUCAAGGCAAUUAGAGCGAAUCCAAAUGCUGCAAGUUACCAUGGUAAUUUGGCUGUGCUGUAUCAUCGCUGGGGACAUCUAGACUUGGCCAAGAAACACUAUGAAAUCUCCUUGCAGCUUGACCCUGUGGCAUCAGGAACGAAGGAGAAUUAUGGCCUUCUAAGAAGAAAGCUAGAACAAAUGCAAAAAAGAGACGUUUGAUCCUUUUUCCUGCAUUUUUUUGAGUUUGCGUAUGUGUACAUGAGGCAUAUCAUUGAUAUAAUGCUGUUAAGUUUAACUACUUAAGUCUAAACAUCUUGUUUAUUUUUAUUGUUUUUUUCUAUGAAAACAGAGACAUGCAAAAAGAUUACAGCACCAGCAAUAUACUCUUGAAUGCUUGAUAUGAUUUUUGCAUUGAAAUUGUAUUUUUUCAGAUGACUCAAAUGUAAUUCUAAAAUUCCAAAAAUAGUCUUUUUUAAUUAAAAAGAAAAA